AUGAUAGCUUCAGAUCAGGUGAAUGUGCGACAAUUCAUUGCGGCGCAUCAGCUCGGAUUCUCGCUACUGGUUCUUUUCGCGCACGCCUUGACCGAUAAGCAUGCUUUUCUCGCAGCUAUCCAGGCACCGAUCCUGUGCUGGAGAUCCGAGCAGGGCACUGUACAUCCACGAGAUGUACUCGAUGACCGGGGCUUUCUAGCGGUCUUCUGCUUCAUUUUCACGCUUGCUCGUCCCAUAAUAGCACGGUACCUCCUACAGCCGACUCUGCACAAGUAUGGCUUUGGACCGCAGGAUGCCUCCCAUCUUGCUGCUCUGGGCUGGAAGGCCGUCUCCCGCGGUAUCUUGAUGCUGUAUGCCUCGGGCCUGUGGUACAACAGCCCCGACCUUCUGAACCCCCAGCGUCUAUUCCAAAACUGGCCACAAUCCCAAAUCACCCACCCCAUGCAGUGCUUUUUCCUGCUUCGGCUCGCCUUCUACCUGCACCAGUGCCUGGUCAUGGUCGUCGAACCGAUCAAAGACGACUUCCUCGACAAGUUCCUUCACCAUAUCCUGACCUGCGCGGUGGUGAUCGCCUGCUGCAACAGCCGAGUGUACGCCCUGCUCUAUGGGAUUCUGCUUACCGCCGAUCUGGCGGACUUCCUUCUGGCCUUCGUGCAGAUCCAGCGAUGCUUGGGGCAUCGGAAAAGCCUCCGGGCCUCGCUCCUCGCCUUCAUUGUCGUUUGGGUUCUGACCCGCCACGUGAUGUUUGCCUAUCUUCAUUGGACGCUGCACCGCCUGCUGCCCGUGUCUGGGGACUGUGAGCUCGUAGUGGCGGGACGCAUGGUGCUCGAUCCGGGAGCUUCCGGGUGGGAGGGACUGGCGUGCCGGGCGCAGGUGCAGCCAGGGACUGUCUGUCUGGCCCGGGAUGUGAAGUUGGGGUUGUCUGGUAUCUCGAUCGCGUUACAGGGGCUGUUUUUGAUCUGGACGCGCGAUUUCGUUCGGGUGGCGGUCCAGGUGCACCGCCAAUGUCGCGCUGGGGAGACGACAAGGAUCGGCGCAAGCAAAGGAAGCUAGUCUUUCGGAGGCUGUAUGCUCAAGGUUGAGGUAUAUCUUAGUUGUUGGAGGUGCAUCGACGGAGUUGAGUGGUGUAUCUUGGUUGUUACUUGUAUUUUAAUGGCUUCGCGGGUACUGUAG